AUGUCACAGCUGCGAAACAAGGCAAUUGGCUAUGUCAUUUUGCGUUGGGCGCUGAAACUUGCUCUCAUUCGGAGUGAUCGGCUUACGGCAUACUCCAACACCGUGGGGGAGUGGUGCACAACUGCCACUGAGGUUGUGCGAGGCAACUUCAAUGAUUCUUCUAGCUACUCUGUGCGCCAGCUUAAUCAAGCGGAGUACGGGCUUCCCUGUGUCCACAUCUGUGCUGCUUCCGGAGAGGGUCGGCUGCCGUUUGACAUGGUUCACCGCGUCUACAAGGUGGAGACGCUGAAGGCAAUGUUAAGGGGCACAACAGUCGAACAUGCGAAGAACGCGAAGAGGCAAGAGCACUUUGGGCCAAUAGGCUGCGGGAUGAUUGUCAACGUGGACAGCAUCGAGGGGGGGGUGGAGGGGAGAAGAGGAGAACAACAAAGGGGAUGGGAGCAUCAGAGAGAGGGGCAGCAGCAAAGAGAAGGGGAGCAGCAGAGAAGAGGGGAGGAGCACAGAGGAGGGGAGCAGGACAGAGGAGGGGAGCAGCACAGAGGAGGGGAGCAACAUAGAGGAGGGGAGCAGCACAGAGGAGGGGAGCAGCACAGAGGAGGGGAGCAGCACAGAGGAGGGGAGCAGCACAGAGGAGGGGAGCAGCAGAGGGGAAGGGAGGAACAAAUGGGAGGGGAGCACCAUAGGGUAAGGGGAGGGGAGGUGCAGAGUGGAGAGACCCAGCAGAGGAGAGGGGAGGGGCAGAGAGUAGGGGGCGAGCAGAGGGAAGGGGAGGUGCAGAGAGAAGGGGUACAGCGGAGGGGAGGGGAGGCUCAGAUAGGAGGGUGCCAGCAGAUGGAAGGGGAUGUGCUGACAAGAGGGGGGCAGCAAAGGGGCGGAGAGGUGCAGAGAGGGGGGGGAGAACAGAGGGGAGGGGAGUUCCAUAGUGGAGGGUGGGAACAGAGGGGGGGGCGGGUGCAGAGAGGAGGGGAGCAAGAACAGGGAAGGGAGGUGCAAACUGGAGGGGAGCAGCAGAGGGGACAGAGAGACGUUCCAGGCAUUGCUAGGGAACGUGGUUCAACCCCACCUGCUGAGUGGGUGGUUGAAAUCGAAGACAUUGAGGAAGGUCCGAGCGUGGAACGUGAUAAUUCCGAAGGGGAAAGUGAAGGAGGGGAAAUGGAAGAGCAAGACAUUCAGGUAACAGAUGGGCCCGAUGCAACGGCGAACGGUAGCGCACAUGUGACUGCGGAUCAUGCGGAGGUGGAAAACGGGGGCGGGGAAGAUGUGGAGGAGGGCACGUCGGACGACGAUUGUGAUUGUGAUGAACCAGAACUAGAUGAAGGUGAGCAGGAGCUGGAUGCUUCAGGUGGGUCGGGAGGUGUUGGGACGUAUGAGAUUCUAAGCAUGGGAGAUGCUCAGCGGCAAAUGGAGGGCCCGUAUGGUCAUCGUGAAGAUAUGGUUAGUGGGGACAUUCCUGGCAUGCUCACAUCUGGUGCCCAAAGACGCGGAGGGAUCAUCAUUGAACCUGAAACUGUUGAGAACCAAGCCACGGAAGGUGAUGUUCCAAGCAGUACAGUGGCAGCGACCAAUGUGACAACGACUUUGAAUGAAGGGCAAGCACGUGCAGCAGCAGCAGCAGCAGCAGCAGCAGCAGCAGCAGCAGCAGCAGCAGCAGCAGCAGCAGCAGCAGCAGCAGCAGCAGCAGCAGCAGCAGCAGCAGCAGCAGCAGCAGCUGCAGCCUUGGCAUCAGCAACAACAGGUGCUGCAGCAGCAAAUGCUUCACCAACUGCACCACUUGCUGCAGCAGGGGCAGCAGCAGCAGCAGCAGCAGCAGCAGCAGCAGCAGCAGCGGCAGCAGUCGCAGCAGCAGCAGCAGCAGCAGCCGCAGCCGCAGCAGCUGCCUUGGCAGCAGCAGCAGCAGCAGCAGCAGCAGCAGCAGCAGCAGCAGCAGCAGCAGCAGCAGCCUUGGCAGCAGCUGCCUUGGCAGCAGCAGCAGCUGCCUUGGCAGCAGCAGCAGCAGCAGCAGCACUAUCACCCGCCAGCAAAGGCGAGAUGCACUGA